CAUUCAUCUUAUGCGCCUGCGCCAAAUCAAGAGGUACGCUGUGUGUCCCAGAGUGGCUGUUGUCGCUCGCGGCUUCCCUUUUAAGUAACUGACUCGACGACCUGUUUAAAGCGUCUCAUAAUUGCUCAUGCACUGAGUUGAAAUUAUUAUCUCGUAAACGGCUUCCUGAUACGUCUAAAGCAAGAAGGCGGUGCAAAGAGACAAGGAAUUACUUAUGCAUUAGCUUGCCUUUUUCAAGCUUCGGUUUCUUAUUUGGAUACUUUUCAUUCGGCGCAAACGGCCACGCUUUGUGAAUGUGAACAGAGGGUUUGUGUACUGCGUGGAUUUAGCACUUCAUAACGAAGUGUUUACGUCAGCAACAACUUUAUUCGGUAACCAAGAGGGAUCUAAGUGUAAUUUUCUCAGAAAUGGUUUCCGGGACUGCACUGAUCUACGAUGAAGAAAUGACGCGGUACAGGCUGCUGUGGGACUAUCCUGUUUGCAGCAUUGAAGUACCAGAGCGACUGUCUGUAUCCUACUCGGAGCUUCAGAUCCAGGGCCUGGUGGAGAGAUGUAUAUCAGUACCAGUCAGGGAGGCAACUGAGGAGGAGAUCUUGCUGGCUCACAGUCAGGAUUUUCUGGAAGCCAUAAAAACCACCCAAAAUAUGGACGUUGAGCAGCUGAAAGCCUUUGCAAGUCAGUUUCAAGAUGUAUACUUCCAUCAGAAUAUUUACCAUUGUGCUAAACUAGCACUGGGGGCUACUCUGCAGCUGGUUGAUGCUGUGAUGACUAAAAAAGUAAGGAAUGGCAUUGCUCUUGUAAGACCUCCAGGCCACCACAGUCAACACAGUGCAGCAAACGGCUUCUGCAUCUUUAAUAAUGUGGCUAUUGCUGCACUUUAUGCUAAGAAGAUGUUUGAUCUCAAAAGAAUAUUAAUUGUGGACUGGGACAUUCAUCAUGGGCAGGGAACUCAGUAUUUUUUUGAAGAUGACCCCAGUGUUCUAUAUUUUUCUUGGCAUCGUUAUGAAAACCAGGAAUUUUGGCCAAAUCUUCCAGAAUCUGACUAUAGUACUGUUGGGAAGGGCAAGGGAGCUGGUUUCAAUGUUAAUGUGCCAUGGAAUAAGAUAGGCAUGCAAAAUUCUGAUUAUCUAUCGGUGUUUUUCCACAUAUUACUUCCAAUGGCAUACGAGUUUAAUCCUGAACUGGUCCUGAUAUCUGCUGGAUUUGAUUCAGCAAUUAAUGACCCAGAGGGCAAAAUGUGUGCCACUCCAGCUUGCUUUGCUCACCUCACUCACCUGUUGAUGUCACUGGCAGAAGGAAAGAUCUGUGCAGUAUUAGAGGGAGGUUAUGAUCUUCAUUCUCUCUCACACUGUAUUUGCCAUACUGUCAAAGCUUUCUUGGGUGAUCCUGUCCCUCAUCUUCUUAAUAUUUCUUCACCCUGUGACAGUGCCUUGGAGUCCAUUCAGAAUGUGAGAGCUGUCCAUCAACAGCACUGGGCUUUCCUCAGAAGUUUGCCCAUUAGCAUGAAGCACCAAAAUGUGAAUGAUGAUAAGAAGCUAGAGCAAUUUUGCAAUGAGGAAAUUCAUACUUCAUCACCAAACUACUGCCCGUUGCCACCUAAAAGAACUGCAGUUGCCUUAUUGGGAGAGAAGAUUGAAUUGCCUGAUAGAUGUUUGAAGAUUAACCUGGACUCAGUGCCAUCAGAUGAAAUAUGGAGUUUCAAAGACAGUACUGUGGAAGGCCAGAAGGAUUCUCUGCACCUCCAGAAAAACCUUUGUUCAGUCAUGAUGAAGAUUUUUCAAAAGGAAGUUCAAAAUGGGCUUGCAGCUGUGCCAUGUCUCCUUGAGGCUAUAAAGGCUGUUCUGAGCUUCUGUACCACAUGUGCUAACAGUGUUUCCAGGAUCCUGGUUUUAUAUCUGGGAGAUAAAGAUUAUCCUGUCAGUUUAGAAGAUGAUGGAAAUUUACUCCUUAUUCAGAUGAGCACCAAAAAGCUGAAGGGCAGAGAAUCAAAGUAUCACAUUCCAAUUUUCCUUCCAAAGGAAGGCAAUAAUGUCAAAGGUGUGCUGCAUGCACUGUUUAGUCUGAUUUUGCCUGUAGCAUACAUGUACAAUCCUGAUCUGGUUGUGACUGCCUUAAGCUGCCAGAGUGGUGUGGACAAGAAGAUUCUGAAUCAACUAACCAGUUUAUUGCAAGGCCUGGCAGAAGGGCAGCUGCUGUGUCUUAUUCAUCAGGACCCUGAAGUUUCUUUUCUGGAAGAUACCAUUUGCUCCCUACUAGGUGACCCCAUCCUUCCAGUGACUGAUGGUGUUCUGCAGGGGGAAGCUAUACAGGAAGUUGAGCAACAGAGACAGAGACUACAAGAACAGUGGGGCAUCCUGAAAACACAAGUUACAAGGACUGAAUAUUCCUGAAAAUGAUGUUCGGCCUUCCAAAAGAGACAGACCACCUGAAGAAAUGCUUCAAAUAUAAUCUAUCACAACAUGCUUUUCAAUUAAACUUUUGGAAAGUU